AUGGGAGAGAACUUCGACAAAUAUUAUCUUCCGCCGGAUGCUCAAGAACUCAUUGAUGCUCCACAGGGCACCACAAUUGCUCAUAAGGAUGGACAGGGUCUGCCAAUUGGUAUAAAACAGGAAUCCAGCGAAAUGCAUCCUUCGUCACAUCCAAUGCAUGUUACUCCCCAUUAUGUGGGCACAGAGAACAUGAUGAGUUAUCCGAUGCAUUUUGAGUUUCCUUACAACAUGGAGGAAGCCCGAAACAACACUCUUCAUUACCAGGAAUAUAACGGACCUCAAGGACCCCAUAGUGUACAAGUUACACAUGGGCGAUCUCAUUCUUCUCAUGCUUCUAUUGGUCGUAAUUACCAAGGUUCCGUUCCCCAAGUGAACCCUGGAAUGUAUGGGGGCCAAGUUUUGCAUGGAGGGAUGGAAUCACAAAGACUCUCCCAUUCUCCAGAACAUAUUCAUCAUAUGCGAGGACACAGCAGAAAUACACUGAAAAGUGCUAACUAUGCUCAGUCACAAAAAAUGGACCCUUCACCCUCCGAGCUUCCUGUCCAUCCGGCUCACGGUUCGGGGGGCCCAGUUCUCUUUAGCUCAGAGCUCGAACUCAAGAGACUUGCAUCGGAAGCCGCCAAGCUACCACUAGCGGAAUUGGCUGCCCGAGUUAAAAUGAUCGAUAAUGAUGACUCGGAGUCGUCAAAAAAUCUGCAUUCAAUUACAUUAAGAGACAAGCAUCGUGAUAUAUUUGCUACUGCAUGGCUUCUUGGAGUAUGUGAGGUAUCGUCUACUGCCGUGGUUCCACGUAAUCGUGUGUACGCUAGAUACGUUCAAUCUUGCGCCAAUUUUGGCUUGGUGCCCAUCACUCCUACCAAUAUGGGAAAAUUGGUCAAGUUGAUGUUCCCAGGCUUGAGAAUUCGUCGAUUGGGAGUCCGUGGUAGAUCAAAAUAUCACUAUAAUGGAAUCCGCUUGAUUGAAGAUCCGGACGAAUCUCACAAAAUGUCACCUUCAUCUCAACUCUCUCCUCCAGAGUCUCCAAAUUCUGCAUAUUCAUUGAACAGUCCGGCUGAAGGACUUGACGUGGGCCAAGCUCGUACCCCAACUUCUUUGGUGUCUGCUGCUGCAGAACUGCUUGAUAUCCUUGAAUUAUGUUACGUACCCAACGUUUUCCAUCAAGUGGAUCAAUUACUAGAAGUUGAGGAUAUGUCUACGCCUGUCACCUUGCCAUCGAUAUAUCCUUAUCUCCCACCAGAUACUGAUAGUGACAUUGCAGACACGUUGUAUGCACUUUACACUAUUCAUUGUACCACCGUACUAGAGUGUAUGAGGUACCUACACACAAAAAAAUUGUUUCUGUCAUUUUCCGCUCUCAACACCAUUUUAACUGCUCCUGUUAAAACAUUGUACAGCAGUGAGAGCGUAGUUCCAUGGAUUCACAAAUGUGAUACUUUGGUCUACAAUAAAAUGGCGAAAAUGUUGACUAGAGUGUACCUUCAACUGGUUCCUCCAAUGGUAUUACAAAGACUUAAAGAGGUUGCUGAAAAUUUAACAAAGCAUCUUGCAGACUCAUUGCGUAACAAAAUGCACAAGGAGUUUGUUGAUUGUAAAAUCAAAUCAGCACUGAAGUUUGUUUCGCUAUUGACCCGCAUGAUAGCUGUUAUUCAAACCAAAGACAUAGCGUCAAGAUACCUUAAAAACCAAGAGGCUCGGAGUGCAAUGCUCGAGAGUUGGCUCAAUGUCAGCAUUCCUGAUAUGGUUGAGCAUCUUGUUCCCUGCCAGGAUAGAACGGAUUUCUUAUCUCAUGUUUUGGUUGAUGAAGUGCAGCAUAUUUUAUCUAGAUCUUCGGACGUUGUUGGUGACUGUGCAGAGCUCGUCUCUGAACUUCCAUCUCGGUUUCCUGGCCCCAACCCAAGACUCUAUCUUGUAACGGCAGGCAGCUUAUUGACCGCUUGUCUAAUAGAAAUAGGGCUGUAUGGAGGUAUUGCGAAGGAAGCAUGGUAUGCUGUCAUUUGCUGGAUCGACGAGUUCAUGAACUUUUGUCUAGAGCUCGGAGGCUAUUUUCGCAAUGAGUUGGGAUCAUCAGCUACUUCAAAACAUCUCUAUACCGAAGAUACGAACGAUGACAACGAUGACAAUGAAGACACAGAAAGAUAUGAAUCUAAUGUGUCAGAAAACGUGCAAACCGUUGAUCUCUUGGAUAGGUCUUACGGAACCGAAAGAGACCAGAAUUUCGAAGAGAUGUUCUACAACGUACAAGAUAUCUUGCACGAUAGUGUUUUGCAAUAA